AAAUAUAUUGGAUACUAAAAUGUUGUAUAUCAAACAUUCCUGCAAAUUUCUGUGAAGGAAUUGAAUACGUCUUCAGAUCUAUGUUCAAAGAUGGAGUUCUAGAGGACUUCUCUCUCGGAAGAGUGAAAUUUUCAUAUAUUUUAAACUACGGGAUUGCUCCCUACUUCCGCAAAGAACUAGAUAAAGAUUUAGCAGGUGUCUAUUUUACCAUUUGUUUGCCAAAACUACGAACAGUGGUGGGAAUAAAGAGCUGCAAGUAACCGUCAGGUAUUGGUCACCUGCUCAACAGAAAAUUAUCAACACUCAUUUGCAAACUGUUUUUAUUGGCAGCGCGACUGGAAAAGUGCUCCUUAAAAAACUCAAUGACGUGUUGGACAUUUAUUCUUUACCGCGCACAAAAAUGUUGAUGUUGGGGUGUGAUGGCCCAACCACUAAUCAAAAAGUGCUCCGUCUUCUCAAUGAAGAUUUAAUUCAAAGUCGAGGAAAAGCACUACUCCAACUUGGGACUUGCAAUAUUCAUAUACUCCAUAACGCGUUUCUUAAGGGGCUCGAGGCACUUGGUACUGACGCUUCAGAUCUGAUUAUAGCUAUCUAUUUUUAUUUCAAUGGCUGGCCUUCAUGCGUAGAAGAUUAUCGAACGGUACAGAAAAAACUCAAGACGCCGCAACAUUCGUUCAUCAAACACUGCUCAUCUCGGUGGUUGACUUUGGAGGGUGCUGCAAGAAGGUUGUUAGAACAGUGGCAAGCUAUCACUGAAUAUUUCUUGAAAUUUUUGCCAAAUAAAAAGUGAACUCGGUUUCUCUUCUGAAGACUCUAAUGGGAAGACUUUGCAAAGCUGCUGCCAUAAAAACUCAUGGUGCAAGAUCAUUACUUGAAUGCUUGCUCCCACAUACUGAAAAAAUCAGCCCUGGCUACUUCACCCUUCAUCAAACACUGCCGUUGUCUACAUCCCAAGGAAAGAACGUCAACACGUAGCUGUAACGAUAUACUCGUCUUGGCACGAGAUCCUCCCAUGGACAUUGCGAUAGAUUGUCCACUAGACGAAUCGAGAUUAUUGCAGGUUGAAAAGGAGAAAGAUAGCAGUAAAGAUGGCCGCAUAGACUCUUAUUGGUCACAGUUUUUCGAUAUGAAAAGUUUGUCCGGUAAUGAUAAAUAUCCCAACGUGGCUACCGUUGUCAAGGCUGUUUUGUCCCUUUCGCAUGGUCAGUUUGAUGUAGAGCGUGGUUUUUCAUCCUCAGCUCGUACGCUUACUGACGAUAGAGCUGCGAUGUCUGAAAAAACUCUCGACUCGUACAUGAUGGUCAAAAGUGCUAUGCAAAUGUAUGGGAAUGCACCUCAUCUAGUCCCCAUGACUAAGGAUUUAUUGGCCAGUGCGCGCAGUUCCUACAGCCAGGCCCAUCUUUACGCAUGGGCCUGCUGGGCCCGGGCCAGGGGCCCCGGGUUCCAGGGGGCCCCCGGCCCUGACUGA